UGGGUGGUUUCAGUUUCAUAGCUCUCUGAUCCACUGCAAAGGUUGCCGGGAUUUCCAAUAUCCUAUUACUUGGGGAAAUACAGAAGGUCUCCUAUCAUUGCAGGAGGAAAUAACAGAGAAAAGAAGGAACCUUUCCACCCACAGUGGGAUCAACAGCCGGAGACAACCCUGAAAAUGGCCUCAGAGACCUGCAUGCCAGAUCCCAUGUGCUUGAUAGAGAAUGUGAAAGGGCAACUGAGACCUAAUCAGAAAGCCCUGGAGAUCCUGUCGGCCAUCACACAGCCAGUGGUGGUCGUGGCCAUUGUGGGUCUCUACCGCACAGGAAAAUCCUACCUGAUGAACAAGCUGGCCGGGAAGAAUACAGGCUUCUCUCUGGGCUCCACAGUGCAGUCUCACACCAAAGGAAUCUGGAUGUGGUGUGUGCCUCAUCCCCAGAAGGCAGACCACACUCUAGUUCUGCUUGACACUGAGGGCCUGGGAGAUAUUGAGAAAGGUGACAGUGACAACGACUGCUGGAUCUUUGCCCUGGCUAUACUUCUAAGCAGCACCUUUGUGUACAACAGCAUGGGAGCCAUCAACCAGCAGGCCAUGGACCAGCUGCAAUAUGUGACAGAGCUGACCGACCGGAUCAGAACAACAUCUUCACCUCAUAGCAAUGGGACUGAGGACUCAUCUGAGUUUGUGAGCUUCUUCCCUGACUUCGUGUGGACUCUCAGGGAUGUGACUGUAAGGCUUGAAGCAGAUGGACAAAGCCUCACAGCUGAUGAGUACCUGGAGAAUUCCCUGAAGCUCAAACAAGGUACCAGCAAAGAAGAUAAAAAUUACAACCUGCCUCGACUCUGUAUUCGAAAGUUCUUCCCCAGGAGGAAAUGCUUUGUUUUCUAUCCACCCACUGAGUGGAAGAAGCUCUCUGAGCUGGAGAACCUGCGUGACGAUGAGUUGGAUUCUGACUUUGUCCAACAGGCAGCAGAGUUCUGUUCCUUCAUCCUCAGCUCUUCCAAGGCUAAAGCUCUCCCAGGAGGUGUCAAGGUCAAUGGAGCUCGACUAGAGAAGUUGGUGCUCUCAUACAUCGAUGCCAUGAGCAGUGGGGAUCUCCCCUGCAUGGAGAACGCUGUCCUGGCCUUGGCAAAAAUAGAGAACUUGGCAGCAAUGCAAAAGGCCAUUGCCCACUAUGACCAGCAGAUGAACCAGGGCAUGCAGCUGCCCACAGAGACCCUCCAGGAACUGCUGAAUCUGCACAGGACCUGUGAGAGAGAGGCCAUAGAAAUCUUCCUCAGGACUUCCUUUAAAGAUGAAGACCAUGCAUUUCAAAAGGAAUUAUUGGCUCAGCUAGAAAAGAGGUGGGAGGUCACCUGUAACAAGAACGUGAAACUAUCAUCGGACCUGUGCUCAGAGUUACUUCGGAACAUCUUCAGCCCUCUAGAAGAAGCUGUGACAAAGGAUGCUUAUUCUCAGCCAGGUGGAUAUCUUCUCUUUGUUGAGAAGAGAGAAGAGUUGAAGAAAAAGUACCUCAGGGAACCCAGAAAGGGGAUACAGGCUGAAGAGAUUCUGCAGGCAUACUUGCAGUCCAGCGUGGUUAUGGCUGAGACAAUUCUACAGAGAGACCAGGCUCUCACAGUAAAGCAAAAGGAGAUCGAAGUGGAACGGGUAAAAGCUGACUCUGCGCAGGCCAGUGUGGACUUGCUGGAGGAAAUGGAAAAGAAGCAUGUGCAGAUGAUGAAGGAGAGAGAAAGAUGUCAUCAGGAACGAGUGAGGCAGUUGACUGCGAAGAUGGAUGGUGAAAGAGCUCAGAUAGUGAAGGAGCAAGAAAGGAUUCUGGCCCUUAAACUGCAGGAACAGGAACGACUGCUCAAGGAAGGGAUGAAAGAAGAGAGUAGAAGGCUUCAGAAUGAGAUUCAGGUUAUGGAAAAGAGAAACAAAGAAAAAGAAGCUGAAUAUGCCCAAGCUACCAUAAAAAUGUUGGAGGAUAUGCACAAGAUGGAACAGUAUUUAAUGGCCAAGAAAGGAGAGACUCAUCAGGAACACAUGAAACAAUUCACCGAGAAAAAGAAAGAGGAGCUUGGAUGUCAGCACUUUGGAGGAGAGGUUUCAAUGAGACCAAAUUCUUGCAAAUGGGGUAUGAGCAGAAAUGUGGAUGAAGAUUCAUCCAAGGUUGUCAUGGCAUCAGAAACCAUGAAGGCCCCCAUAUGUCUGGUGGAAAAUAAGAACAAACAGCUGUUGGUGAAUCGAAGAGCCAUCGAGAUUCUUAACAGUAUUUCCCAGCCUGUGGUUGUGGUGGGCAUUGUAGGCAUGUACCGCACAGGAAAAUCAUACCUGAUGAACUGCCUGGCUGGACAGAACAAUGGCUUUCCUCUGGGCUCCACAGUACAGUCUCAAACCAAGGGCAUCUGGAUGUGGUGUGUGCCCCACCCCACCAAGCCAAAUCACACCCUCAUCCUUCUAGACACCGAAGGUCUUGGGGAUGUAGAAAAGGGUGACCCUACAAAUGAUGCCUGGAUCUUUGCCCUGGCUAUUCUUCUGAGCAGCACUUUUGUCUACAACAGCAUGAGCACCAUCAACAAUGAUGCCCUGGAGAAGUUGCAUUAUAUGACAAAACUCACAGAGCUCAUUAGAGCAAAGUCUUCUCCAAGAUCUAAUGCUAUUGAAGAUGCUAGAGAGUUUGUGAGUUUCUUUCCAGACUUUAUCUGGACUGUACGGGACUUCACCCUGGAGCUGAAGUUGGAUGGUCACUGCAUCACAGAAGAUGAUUACCUGGAGAAUGCGUUGAAGCUAAUUCCAGGGCAGAAUCCCCAAAUCCAGACAUCCAACUGGUCCAGGGAAUGCAUCAGACAAUUUUUUCCCAGGCGGAAAUGUUUUGUCUUUGACUGGCCAGUGAGCGACCAACAGCUCUUAGCCAAGAUUGAGAGCAUACCAGAAAGUCAAUUGAAUCCUAAAUUCCAGAAGCAAUCAAAGACUUUCUGUUCUCAUAUCUUCACCCAUGCAAGUACCAAGAAACUCAGAGAGGGAGUCCUGGUCACUGGGAAUCGACUGGGGACUCUAGUGGAGACCUAUGUGGAUGCCAUCAACAGCGGGACAGUGCCUUGCUUGGAGAAUGCGGUGAAAACACUGGCCCAGCGUGAGAACUCAGCAGCUGUGCAGAAGGCAGCUGACCACUACACUGAGCAGAUGGCCCAGCGAGUGAGGCUCCCUACAGACACUCUCCAGGAGCUUCUGGAUGUGCACACAGCCUGUGAGAAGGAAGCCAUCACUGUCUUCAUGGAGCACUCCUUCUUGGAUGACCAUUGGGAGUUCCAGAAGAAGCUUGUGGCUACUGUAGAGAAGAGGAAGGAGGCAUUCAUGCAGCAGAAUGAAGCAGCAUCUCUCAGUUACUGCCAGGCCGAACUGGAGAGGCUUUCAGAGUCACUGACGGAGAACAUCUCGUGUGGAGCUUUUUCUGUUCCUGGUGGGCACAGCCUCUACUUAGAAGUCAGAAAAAAGGUUGAGCAGACCUACAAACAAGUGCCUAGGAAGGGAGUGAAGGCAACUGAGGUGUUCCAGAACUUCCUGAAGUCACAGAUAACAAUAGAAGCUUCCAUCUUGCAGUCAGAUAAAGCCCUCACUGAUGGGCAGAAAGCCAUGGCAGCUGAGCAGGCCAAGAAGGAGGCAGCUGAGAAGGAAGUGGAGCUAAUGAGGCAGCAACAGACAGAGCAAGAGCAAGCAAAGGAGGCUCAAAUGAGAACUUUGUCAGAAAACAUGGCCCAGCUGCAGAAGAAGAUGGAAAGUGAAAGGGAGAACCUACUGAGAGAGCAGGAGAGGGUACUGGAUCACAAGAUCAAGGUUCUAAAAGAACUAAUUCUUGAUGGAGUUGAGGAGAAAUAUGAUGAUUUAAGAAGAGAAAUAAAGCUAAAAGAAGAAGAGAUUGAAGACAUUAAACACAGCUCGAUUCAGAAUAUCCUUGAUAUUGCUAGCAAUAUAUUAACUGAAUCACUUCCCGUGUUAUGUAAUAUAGGGAUGCAGAUUCUCAGCUCCUAUGUCCUAGGUUAAAGUUUCCUAUGAAGUAUAGCAUGAAGGCCUCUUAUGUGGUAAUAAUACUAUUUUUAUUAUUGAUUUUUAUUGAACUCUACAUUUUCUCUGCUCCCCUCCCUGCCUAUCCCCGCCCCACUUCAACCCUAUACACACAUUUUAGUGUGUAUGUCAUAAUGAAUUUAUUCAGCAGAUAUUUCAAAGUAAAUAAUUACCAAAGAAGAUCAGAAGCUGACAGCUUCCCCACCAAAAAGUAGAAACUCAACUAAAAUUUUGUUGGGUAAAUAGAAAUCAUUCAUGAAAAAGAUGCAGUUAAGUCACGAAGGAAAAUAGUCUAUCUAUAAAUUCUCACCAACAUGACUGCCCAACCAGGAGCUGAACAAGUACAAUAAACUUGCCAAAGUAGACAGGAAAUACCCAAGCGCUCUACCCUAUGCAAAGAGCUACAUAUAACUAAAAAAUGUUGAGAGCAAGACAAAUAUUCUUCUUCAGAAAAGAGAACACCAAUUGCUUAUCCAAUAUCAAAUGGCUAACACUGAAAAUAUACACACAAAUAACACUAUACAGACUGAACAGCUUAUAUUUAAGAAUAUACAUGUA